CGAGUAAACGCGGGCAGGUGGUCUAGCCUUACUCUUGCACCGCGUACUAGUUGUUUCAGGUGAGGGGGUCUAGCCGUUCAGCAAGCCCUGGCGGUGGCGAGCUCUGCCUCCUCCAGCAGGAACUGCGAGGGGCGCUUGGUGACGCAGCGUCUGCGGCUCCUCCAGUCCGGCCGCGCUCACAGAAGAGCAGACUCCUCACCCAGCGCCUCUCUGCUCAUCACUGCACCCCGGCACAGGCACGACAGCCCACCUCUCCGUAACUCUGGGCAUGCAACGUAGCGACCGUCAAAAGCUUUCUCCAUGGACUCGCUGCCGCUGCUUUUACACAUGCACUUUAUAUUUAUUUAUUCUUAGUCUGGAACUAAGGUCUGCCAUCUCAGAUAAUGAUGUCUUUGCUUUCUACAAUGCUAAGCUCAAGUCCUGCCUGGGAGUCAAGUCCUCCAGUCUUUACCUUUCGCCCGACUGCAAUGCCACUUCGCAUCAGUGGAAGUGGGUGUCUCGCAACCGCCUGUAUAACCUGGGAUCCUCCCGGUGUCUGGGCCUCUCUGCUGGCAACACCAGCGACUCUGUCCUGGACAUGUACUCUUGUGACCGUGAGCCAGGGAGGAUACGCUGGAGUUUUUACUGCAAGCAAGUCCUAGAUACCCUGGAUCGCUACCUCCCAUUGUCUCUAGGAGCCAACUACACCCAGGUGCCAUCCAGGGACCCCUCCCAGUCAGACAGCAAUAAGUGGAGACUAUACAGCACGGAUCAGGACCUCUGCUCCAAAUCAUACCGCGAGAUCUAUACCAUCCAGGGGAACUCCCACGGCCGUCCCUGCACCAUCCCCUUCAUGUAUGACAACCAGUGGUUCCACGAGUGUACCAGCACUGGCCGAGAGGACGGGCACCUCUGGUGUGCCACCACCACCGACUACGGCAAGGAUGAGCGAUGGGGCUUCUGUCCAGUAAAGAGUCCUGGCUGCGAGACCUUUUGGGAUAUGGACCCUGUGACUGGCAGCUGUUACCAGUUCAAUUUUCAGUCCACGUUGUCCUGGAGUGAGGCACGUGUCAGCUGUCAGCAGCAAGGGGCAGACCUGCUGAGCAUCACGGAGGUGCAUGAACAGACUUACAUCAACGGUCUGUUGACUGGUUACAGUUCCUCCCUGUGGAUUGGCCUCAAUGAUCUGGACAUCAAUGGAGGCUGGCAGUGGUCAGACAGCUCUCCUCUCAAAUACCUCAACUGGGAGGCAGACCAACCAGACCAUGUGGAUGAGGAGAACUGUGGGGUGAUCCGGACAGAGUCCUCUGGGCGCUGGCAGAACAAGGACUGUGCUAUGGCUCUCCCGUAUGUGUGUAAGAAGAGGCCCAAUGCCACCAUGGACCCUUUCAGCACAGACUCCUGGGCGGAGGAGAAGAGGGAGUGUGACGCUGGGUGGCAGCAGUUCCAGGCCAGCUGUUACCGUUUCAAUGCAGAGAAGAUGGAGUGGGAGGACGCACAGAAGGCCUGCCAGAAGAUGGAGGCCAACCUCGUGAGCAUUCACACACUGCCAGAGCUGGAGUUCAUCAUUAAGACGGUGAAGCGAGAUGUGAACGAACUGUGGAUCGGUCUCCACGACACCAAGAUGCAGAUGAACUUUGAGUGGUCUGAUCGCACCCCAGUCAUCUUCACCUACUGGCACCCAUCUGAACCUAACAACUUUAACAACACGCAGGAGGAUUGUGUCAACCUCUGGGGCCCUGAGGGUCGCUGGAAUGACAACCCCUGCAACAAGUCCCUGCCUUCUAUCUGCAAGAGGCUGGGGACGAAGACUGAUGGGAAGAUACUGGACCAUGGCUGCAAACCGGGCUGGAAGUGGCACAGUCCUUCCUGCUAUUUACUGGGAGAGGAGUCCACGACUUUUGAUGAAGCCCGGAAGACCUGUAUAAGCAGCGAGGCCACCCUGGUCACCAUCAUGAACAGGUUUGAGCAGGCGUUUGUGAGCAGCCUGGUUUAUGGUCGGUCAGGGGAUUACUUCUGGACCGCUCUCCAGGACCAGAACGGGACAGGCGCCUUCCACUGGCUUAGUGGUGAUGAGGUCACUUACACCAACUGGAACCGUGACCAGCCGGGAUUCAGCAAGGGUGGCUGUGUGGUCAUGGCGACUGGCAGUGCCACGGGGUUGUGGGAGGUGAAGGACUGCAGUUCUGCAAAGGCCAAGUACAUCUGUCGGCAGAAUCUGGACACCGCUCUGAGCCCCGAGCUGCCCCAGCCUGCCCCCACGCCCAGCCUCACCGGGUCCUGCCCACAGGGCUGGAAGACCAGCAGCUCUCUGCACCACUGCUACAAGGUGUUCCACUUCCCUCAGCUGCAUCAGCGCCUGAGCUGGGUGCAGGCCCACCUGUUCUGCCGUAAACAUGGAGCUCAGCUCCUCAGUAUUGGCAGCUUUGAUGAAGAGCAGUUUGUGGCCCAGAUCCUCCAUGAGACGUUUGGGGAGUCGGAGGACCAUGAACAGCACUGGUUCUGGAUCGGCCUGAAUCGCAGGAACCCUGCAGACAAGGGCAGCUGGAAAUGGAGUGACGGUCUGGGGUACUCCUAUCACAACUUUGGGCGGUAUUACUACGAGUAUGACAUCCGGCAGUGUGCUGUUGCAGAUCUGGGGACCAUGCAGUGGCUGGCCAUGCAGUGCGAGUCGGAGCUGGACUGGAUAUGCAAAAUUCCCAAAGGCACAGAUGUUAAAGAGCCAGAGGAAAAGGAGGACUCCAGCAGUAAGGAGUGGGUGUCCUUCAAUGGUGCAGAGUACAAAUUCUAUGACCAUCAGUCCACCUGGGAGCAGGCGGAGCGCAUCUGCAGUUGGUUUGAGUCCUCACUGGUGUCCAUCCACAGCCCCGAGGAGCAGGACUUCCUCUACCGGCAGCUGGGCAAGGUGUCCAAAGUGGAAAAUCAGCAGUGGUGGAUUGGGCUGCAUACGAAUGUCAACGAUGGACGUUUCAGAUGGUCUGACAGGUCUGUGCUCGACUAUGUGGCCUGGGGCCCAGAGAGCCCCCGCCCAGUCAGCCGUGAGAAGAAGUGUGUGUCCAUGAAGGCCAGCACAGACGAAUGGAGUGACCAGAAGUGCUCCACUGACUUGCCCUAUGUGUGUAAGAAGGCCAAUAGCACCCUCCCCACGCCCUCAAAACCUGCUCCCUCCCCUGGAGGCUGUAAUGAGGGAUGGAUCCCCUUCCUCAGCAAGUGCUUCAAGGUGUACGGGCAUCAGGAGUCGAAGAGGAUCACUUGGGGAGCAGCAAAAACUGUCUGUGAGACCCAGGGUGCCAGUCUGGCCACUGUGUCCAAUUACUUUGAGCAAGCUUUCAUCACCACCCUCCUUCCUAAUCUGAGCUUCGGCCUAUGGAUCGGCCUGUCGGAUCUCACAAAGAGGUUCGGGUGGUUGGAGAAGAAACCGCUGACGUACGUCAACUGGGCCCCGGGACAGCCUGUGAAGCACCGGGACUCCCUCCAGGCUAAGACUCCGGUGAACUGUGUGCUGGUUUUGCAUGGCGUCCCUGAGAGGAAUACGGGAUACUGGGUGGCAAAGCGUUGCGAAGAGGAAAGACAUGGAUUCCUGUGCCAGAAGAGAAAAGAUCCUUUGCUCCCAAGUGUGGAUACCUUUCCUUCCGCUUUCUCUGGAGCCCAUGAGUUCCUGAACAUCUCCUAUCGCAUCCCGAAGAAGCCGCUGGACUGGGAGGGCGCGGUGCACCUGUGUGACGCCAUGAACGCCACCCUCGCCUCUGUGCAAGACCCCUAUCAGCAGGCCUACCUCACCCAGGUGCUGAGUGAUCUUAAUCAGCCCGCUUGGAUUGGACUCUACAAUACUGGGGGGCGAAGCUACCAGUGGUUGGGUGUGGAUCAGGUGACUUACACUGACUGGGGUGAAGGGGAGCCCAAGAAGACCAUUGGCUGUGUGUCCAUGGGCGCACAGGGUAAAUGGACUGUGAACAGUUGUGAAGCACAACUCAAGGCUGCCAUCUGCCAGAUAAAUACAGAGCCAGCACAGGAACACCAGUGGAGUUACUCUGGACACUGUCCACAUUCUCUGGAUGACUCCUCCUGGAUCCCAUUCCGGAAUCACUGCUACUCUUUCCACCUGGAAAAACUAUUUCCACAUAGAGAUGCUGCCCAGAAAUGCCGCAAAGUGGGAGCGCAAAUGCUGUCCAUCAUGGACCAGACGGAGAACAGCUUUGUGUGGGAACACAUUCAGGCCUACGAGGACCAGGCCAAUGGGGCAUGGCUUGGUAUCACCUUUAGCCAAAAAGGGGGCAGCCUGGUCUGGCCAGAGAGCUCUGCGGUGGAGUUCACCAACUGGGAGGUGCAGGACGCAAACCUCAGCAUGCUGAGCCCCAACACCUGCUUCUGGAUCCAGAGCAACACCGGCGUCUGGAAGCUGGGCUCCUGCAAGAACAAGAGUCACGGCGUCGUCUGCAAGAGGCCUCGGGAUGCUGAGUCAAGCCACGUAUCUGCAGAGCAGGACCACAUGCCCACCUUCGUCAUCGUCAUCGUGACGGCUGUGGCCCUGUGCCUCUUCAUCGUGGCGGCCAUCUACCUGUACAGGCGCAGGAGUGGGGCGGGCCGAGGCGCCUUCGAGGGGGCACGCUACAGCCGCACCAACUCCGCCCCUGCCGAGGCGGCCGAGAAGAACAUCCUUGUGUCCGACAUGGAGAUGAACGAGCAGCCAGAGUAAGGUAGCAGCUGGGACCCAGCCAGUGUGACAGCUUCUAAAGUUGCCUAAAGGGCUGUGUUGAGCACAGCAACUUCACAAACUCACCCACAGCCGGCACAUGGACGAGAACCAGCCCCUGCGCUGAGCAGGGGGAACGGCCCUUUCAGACACUCCCCCAGCACGGGCAAGAGCAGCUCCAGAAUUCUCUCGCUUUCUGCUCUAAACAUAAUGUGUUAUUUCAGGUUGUGUACUGAAGUGUUUUUUAAAGUUUGAUGGCAAGUAUAACACGUGAUGUAUAUAUUGUUAUACUUGCUUAUAACUUUUUAAAAAAAUUCUAAUUUGUUAUGUUUAAACAUGCAUUCUACAUUAGAGGGUAUUUUUUCUGUUAUUUCGCUUUGCUUUUGCUUUCCUUUUUAGUAGCAGCUUUGUUAUGGCUUUGGUGAAUUUCGAUACUGUUGCCUGUUCCUAAUCUGGAUUGACUGGUUACAUAAAUAGCCCACAUUUUAAUGCUCAGUUUUAUUGUGUAGUAUGUGCUGUGCACCCAUUGCCUCUGUGACUGGAAAGGAAGUAUGGGUUCUCGGCUGUACAGCACCUGCUGGAGGUAAAACUGUGCUCAGAGGCUGAGGUACAAGCCCAACAUUCAUGCAGGCCUUUGGUGGAAAGUUUGUCCUGUGAUUCCAGAGGACCACCAAGCCUGUGGAGUGUUAGAGGUCUUCUACCGUGUGACAUUAACCCUCUUGUAUUUUUUGUGCUCUGGGGGCAGUUUGUGCUAGUACAAGGUGCUGUAGGGAUUACGGAUGUUAUUGGGAAUACCAUGCCUGUCAGAAUGCCAUCUGAAACAUCAAAUCCCGUCAUGUUAUCUUUACGGUCAAGGCUGCACAAAGACUUGAGCUUGUAUUCUACAUUUUCAUGAUAUACCUUUGCAGCUUCUCACUCAGAUAAUUAAUAACUUUUUUCACAGCAAUCCAUUUGUGAGAUUAGCAUAUAAUUUCAGAUAUCUGUCACUCUCCUUUGAUCCUGAUGGGGGAAACAUAAGAAUUAAAUUCCAUAUUUGUCAUAGAAGUGUUGAAUCUGUAAAAAAGACCAGCUAUUUUAGUUUUGCUUGUUCUUACAAAUAAUCAGAUCAAGACAUUAACACUCUGUGUUUGAUCAUACUCGCAACAAAUUCAAUAUAAAUUAUUAAAGGUUGGGGAACUGGCAGUACUACAAGUAGAGGGCUAUGUUAUGGAUUUUAAUUUUAAUUGGCUUUACAGUACUGUGAAAAUAAUUCAAUGAAACUGUGUGGGUAGGAGGCAAACUCUGAUAUGUAAUGAAAAAAGAUCAGGAGCAUAAAAUUACCAGACAGAUGUAAAAUACUGAACUUAUUCAGCACACACAGAAGCUGGCUUCCAGUGUACCUUGAGGAAAAGUUUAAUACAGUUGAAAACGAUAGCCGAGCUUUGUGCUUGUUCCCUGUGAUGGAGAACCUGUUGGAAUACUUCAGGGUCUAGUCUGACGUUAUGAGGAGGUAUACAUUUUUCAUGAAGCGGCUAUUAGCUAAAGCAGCUACUCCUGAUGAAGAAUUACUUCCUUGAAAAUAAAACGUCUUGAUUUGCCUGGAUUUCCUGAUGUGUUGGGUGCGUUGUGGAAAUUCUUCCAGUUAAGGUCCAUUUGACUCAGUAGUCCAGGGCUGGUUAGCUCUUUCAAGCUUGAAAGGAUAUCUCUCUGGAUUAAUCUCAUGAAUAACUAUAGUGCAGAAAGGAAAAGUGAAUUGGAAAUAACUUGAGUGCUUUUUACCUGGUCUGGACUACUGAAUAAAUGAUUUCUUGGAGUACGUAAAAGGGUACACAUUUCUAACAAAUAAAUCAUUUAAAUAUGAAACAACAAGAACCGAGAUCUGAGCUAUGAUUUUGCCUCUGCAUGCCAAGUAUUAUACAUUUUAUAUGCACAGGAUUUUUGCAAGGAUUUUCCAUUAUGCAUUGCUUUUUUAAAACAAUUUGAGUGGUGUAUUUCCUAUUGACAGUGUAGAUGGCAUGAAGGAUUCUUACUGGCAGUCGGUGUGUAUCUGAGCAGGACAGUAGCACAUUCUUGAUCAUCUUGUCAACUGGGGCAGUUUCCAAAAUGCAACAAAAAAGUGAGACAUACUUGAAAUACUUUGUUUGAAUAUUGUUAAGCCUUGAGAGGACUAGAUGUUCUUGUUUUAUUGUGCUAAAUGAAAUCAUUUAAGCUUUCUGGGAGGGAUUGUAUUACUGAUUAAACAGAUUAAUCUCCCUAAUCUUCUGUUUCUUGUAGCAGCUGUUUUAAGGGUGUGCAGUGAGCAAUGUGUUGUUUUCAGUGGAAGGGAUGACCACUGAUAUUAUUGGUUUAUUGGUAACAUUCUUAAAAUGAGUUUUUGAGACUAUUUUAGAAAGGAUGUUCUGAUUAGAAUCAGAAUUCCACUUUUCUAUGCAACAGCUGAACUUGGUACAAGUAAAGGUCAAGUUCACAAUUUAAAGUAGGAAUUUAAAAUGCAAUGUCUCGGCUCUUUACUUUUUCCUUUGCACUCAACGCAUGCUGACAUAUAGCAGAACCUUCUCGUAAUUGUAGUUCAAUGUGACAUUUCUCUUAUUACCCAGCUAAAUGUUUACUCACUAUACUUAUUGAAUCCCAUUAACCUGUAGAAAAAUUACCGGCAUAUCACAAUGCUUGCUUUUUGUAUGAUAAAAUUGCCGUUUAAUUUGUAAUCAAGAGUAACUCUAGAAACAUCUCCACGUAAAACAUCCCCUGGAAACAUGCCUAGGUUGCAACUCUGUGGCUAGUACACUCACUCACACAGACAAAGCCUAAUGUAAAAUGCCAGUCUUUAAUCUGCAAUGUAAUGGAUUGUUUUUUUGGGGAGCACUUUUGAAGCAUUAAAAGAGAAGUUUAGGAGUGUGAUGUGGUUCAACACUGGACGUUGGUCACAUGGCCCCUGCAGUUCCUCUGGGCUCCCGGGAAAGAAUUAUCAUUUUAAAAUUGACUAUAAAUGCAGUUUAUUAAAAGACAGUGGUAUGAAUCAAAAGGCCCAUUUUCUGAAAGCUUGGAAGGUUUUUAAGAGACCUUUUAAAUGUCAGACAGACAGAGUCUCUACAGGGCUUUGGUGUUGUUGUGUGGUUGUAUUGCAUCUGAAAAUACAGUGUAGAGCUUUUCAGGAUUCCUUUCCUUUAAACAUGUUUAGGAGUGUGAAAGAUGGACUUUGUUGAAGCAGUGACAGCUAUAGUUCCCCAAAAAGAAAUGAACUUACUGCUGGAGUAUUGUCAGUUGGGAAUAAAGACACUACGUUCAGAUAACUAAAGCUUGAAACACUGAAGUGGAUCCUGCUCUGGUGUGAGAAAUAGUUUGAAUGUGUCCAGCUCGUUAGUAACUGAACAUGGACCAAAGAGAUUUGCGUGAGAUUCUUCUCUUUAAUCACUAGUUCCUCUGAUUUUUCGGUUUAGACUUUUAAAUGGAGGCCGAAAAAGGUUUUGAUACUGUCUUUAUUUUUUGUUAUAUUAAAGAAACUGGAAAAGGGCCCACAGAAUAGAAGGUGGCCGUUGUCUUGAUUUAUUUUGCUAAAGUAUUUCCGUUGCUCAGAAUGAUUAUAGUAAUUUUAUACAAAUAUGCUACAAGUUUAAGGGCACAUCUCAUGAUAAAAGAAAAAUUAGACUCAGUCAAGGUGAGACGAGAAUAUCUGGUAACUGUUUCUCUGGAAGGGAAGAUGUAAUUUCUGUGAUUGCUCUUGUGGAUGUGUUCACAGUGGUUUGUGAGGUUGUGAUUGUUGGAAGACUUAACUUUACUGCGCAGGAUCUAUUCCCUAGGGACAUCCAACUGUUUAGAAUAAGAACUGGACUGAAAGAAAUUUGCAGCGAAGAUUGCAGUUUUCUUUUCUGCUCAAGAACAGUGCUGUACAGCCCUGACUGGUACUCUGCAUUACUCCAAGGUUACUCGUUCAGGGGCAGUACUGGACUGUUUCCAGCUCAUCCCUGCACUUCAGUCUGGGACUGUAAUGCAGGGUGCUUUUUUGUACAUUUUGUGUCUCUGUAAAGUCAAUUUACUGAUAAACAAUUACCUUUUUUUAAAUAAAUGAUUAAAAUAUAUUCGCUUUAUUAAAAA